UCUCUCCCACUUUCAUUUAUUUUUCUUUCUUUCCUAGGUCAUGAAAUAGCCAUGAUUUAAAGUAGUGGAACCUUUUAUUAUCUAGACCAAUUUCAAGGGGGUUUCUAAAGCCGUUGCAUAUAAUCGGAAAGGCUAUGUGCUGCGUGGCCUUUGCUUGAGUUGAGUGCUAUCCGCGAGCAGACUUUAGGAAGGUUUUGAAACUGUGCGAGAACUUUCACGAUCAGAAAGGGAGGCGAAAGCAUGGAUUUAAACCUUACCAUCAACAGCAGCAACCCUCCUUUAGGGGCGCUGUUGACAGCAGAGCAUGUGAAGGGCAGUGUGAAAGUGUCUGUGGAGGAGGGCAAAGACAACAAGCUCUGCGUCUCACAGUCAGUGCAGUUCAGCGAUUUGAACUCCAUCACGCGCUACCUUGCCCGCAUGGCUCCCAGUCUGGGCCUGUACGGCUCCAACAUGCUGGAACAAACUGAGGUGGACCACUGGCUGGAGUUCAGUGCACAACGUGUGUGUGGCCAGUCUGGCCUGGCUGCAGCCCUGGGGGAACUGGACAAGGCUCUGGAGCUGCGCACUUUUCUCGUGGGCCACAGCUUGACCCUGGCCGACAUCUGUGUGUGGGCCGUGCUCAAAGGUAGCAGCGAGUGGCAGUCGAUGCAGACGCAAGCUGGGGCCUUCUCCCAUGUGGCUCGCUGGUUCUCCUUCCUGGGCUCCCAGGUGCCCUUCACCGCCGUGGGCCACAAGUACACCAACAGCAGGGCCACCUCACGCAAUUCCAAUUCUGAGAAGGAGAAGCAGCAGGACGUGGGGAAGUUUGUGGAGCUGCCAGGAGCCGAGAUGGGCAAGGUGGUGGUCCGCUUCCCCCCUGAGGCCAGCGGGUACCUGCACAUUGGCCAUGCCAAGGCUGCCCUGCUCAACCAGCACUAUCAGGUGACCUUCAAGGGCAAGCUCAUCAUGCGCUUUGACGACACUAACCCUGAGAAGGAAAAGGAGGACUUUGAGAAGGUGAUCCUGGAGGACGUGGCCAUGCUACAGAUCAAGCCAGACCAGUUCACCUACACCAGCGACCACUUUCCCCGCAUCCAGGGCAUGGCGGAGCAGCUGCUGAGGGAGGGCAAGGCCUACAUCGAUGACACACCCCCAGAGCAGAUGAAGGCAGAGAGGGAGCAGCGCACAGAGUCAAGCCACCGUAGCAACUCGGUGGAGCAGAACCUAAAGAUGUGGGAGGAGAUGAAGGCGGGCACGGAGUACGGCCAGACCUGCUGCAUGCGGGCCAAGAUUGACAUGGCCUCCAACAACGGCUGCAUGCGCGACCCCACCUUCUACCGCUGCAAGAAUGCCCCCCACCCCCGAACUGGCACCACCUACAGGGUGUACCCCACGUACGACUUCGCCUGCCCCAUCGUGGACAGCGUAGAGGGUGUGACCCACGCGCUCCGCACCACGGAGUACCACGACCGCGAUGACCAGUUCUACUGGGUGAUCGAUGCACUGCGCCUGCGCAAGCCCUACAUCUGGGAGUAUGCCCGGCUCAACCUCAACAACACGGUGCUCUCCAAACGCAAGCUCACAUGGUUUGUUGACCAGGGUUACGUCGACGGCUGGGAUGACCCCCGCUUCCCGACUGUCAGAGGUGUCCUGCGCAGAGGAAUGACCGUCGAGGGCCUCAAGCAGUUCAUUGCUGCCCAGGGUGGAUCCAGGUCUGUGGUCAACAUGGAAUGGGACAAGAUCUGGGCCUUUAACAAGAAGGUUGUCGACCCAGUGGCGCCCAGAUACACAGCCCUGUCAGGAUCCUACUCUGUCCCUGUUGUCAUCCCCGACGCACCAGAGGAGAUGAAGAUGGCCGUCAAACACCCCAAGAACACAGAGGUGGGUAUGAAGGCUGUGUGGUACGGACCCAGGGUGCUGGUGGAGGGGGCGGACGCAGAGACCUUCACCGAGGGAGAGACGGUCACCUUCAUCAACUGGGGCAACAUCAUCAUCACCAAGAUCCACAAAGAUCCCAGAGGUAAGGUAACCUCCCUGGAAGGCAAGCUGAACCUGGAAAACAAGGACUUCAAGAAGACCACCAAGAUCACGUGGCUGGCCGAGACCCCCCACGCCCCCCUCCUGCCCACAGUCUGUGUCAACUACCAGCACCUUAUCACCAAGCCCGUCAUGGGCAAGGAGGACGACUUCAAGGAGUACAUCAACAAACAGAGCAAGCUAGAGGAGAAGAUGCUGGGAGACCCAUGUCUGAAGGACCUGAAGAAGGGUGACAUCAUCCAGCUGCAAAGGCGGGGCUUCUACAUCUGUGACCAGCCCUACGAGCCAAUCAGUCCCUACAGCUGUAAGGAGAGUCCUUGUGUGCUGCUGUACAUACCUGACGGCCACACCAAGGAGAUGCCCACCGCCGGCUCCAAGAGCAAGAGCCAGGCCGCCACCACACCCGCCUCCCCAGCCAAGUGCAAAACCACCCCAGUCUCUGCCCCAGCCCCCCCUACCGCUAGCGACGCCGGCACUGUUUUCUCCUGCAUCGUGGCUCAAGGCGAGAAGGUGCGCGAUUUGAAAACCACCAAGGCCCCUAAGGAGGAGGUGGACAAAGCGGUGAAGGAGCUGCUCUCACUCAAGGCCCAGUUCAAGCAUCUGACUGGCCAGGACUAUAAACCAGGCAUGGGCCUGCCCUCUAGUUCCGCCCCUCAGAAGGCAGCAUCCCCUUCUUCUGACUCCACCUCCUGCCCCUUUGCUUGCGUCACCCAGCAGGGGGAGUUAGUGAGGAAGCUUAAAUCCGAGAAGGCUCCCAAGGACCAGGUUGAUGCUGCAGUCAAACAGCUUCUGGCUUUCAAAGCUGAGUUCAAACAGAUCACAGGACACGAGUACAAUCCAGGGAUGAUCCCUCCUGACGCUGCCUCAGCCAAGAAUGCCCCCACUGCCUCAUCCCCCUCCUCCUCUCCCUCAGGCCUAUAUGAAAGUGUGACCAAACAGGGAGACUCUGUUAGGACGCUUAAAUCUGAGAAAGCACCCAAGGACCAGGUUGAUGCUGCCGUGAAGGAGCUCUUAGCCUUGAAGGCAGAGUACAAACAGGUGACAGGUCACGACUACAAGCCAGGAGCUGCCCUAGCCCCUGCUCCUGCCCCAGUCCAGAGCAACCCAGCCCCCACAGCCACUUCUGGCUCAGGCAUGUAUGAGCACGUGACUCAGCAGGGUGACCUGGUGAGGAAGCUGAAGACCGAGAAGGCCCCCAAGGACCAGGUGGACACCGCUGUCAAGCAGCUGCUGUCACUCAAAGCUGAGUACAAGCAGGCGACUGGCCAGGACUACAAACCAGGCGUGGCCCCAGCUGUCAGCCCUGCCCCUGUUCAGGCUAGCCCCGCCCCCCAGGACCAGUCUGGUUCCUCCCCUCAAGCACUCUUCACCCAGGUUGUCCAAAAGGGGGAGCUAGUGAGGAAGCUGAAAUCAGAGAAGGCUCCUAAGGACCAGGUGGACUGUGCCGUGAAGCAGCUGCUGGCCCUGAAGACUCAGUACAAGGCCCUCACCGGAGAGGACUACAAACUUGUGGCUGCCGCUGGAGCCUCGAGCAGAGAGGACAAGAACCGCAAGGACCGAGAGAACAAGUCUGAGAAACAGGCAGGAGGAGGAGGGAAGAAGCAGCCAAAGGGAGAAAAGGGCAAGGAGGCCUCGUUGGGAGGCACAGGGGGAGGAGGAGAUGGUGGUCCCAAGAAACAGACAAGACUGGGGCUGGAGGCUAAGAAGGAGGAGAACCUAGCUGAUUGGUACUCUCAGGUGAUCACCAAGGCAGAGAUGAUUGAGUACUAUGACGUGAGCGGCUGCUACGUGCUGCGACCCUGGUCCUACUCUAUCUGGGAGUCUAUCAAGGAGUUCUUUGACCGCGAGAUCAAGAAGCUGGGUGUGGAGAACUGCUACUUCCCCAUGUUCGUCUCGCAGGCUGCCCUGGAGAAAGAGAAGUCCCACAUAGCUGAUUUUGCCCCAGAGGUCGCCUGGGUAACACGGUCAGGGAACACUGAGCUUGCCGAGCCCAUCGCUGUCCGACCCACUAGCGAAACUGUGAUGUACCCUGCCUACGCCAAAUGGGUCCAGUCCCACAGAGACCUACCUAUCAAACUCAACCAGUGGUGCAAUGUUGUGAGGUGGGAGUUCAAGCACCCCCAGCCCUUCCUAAGGACCAGAGAGUUCCUGUGGCAGGAAGGACACACGGCUUUUGCCACCAAAGAGGAGGCCGCGGAAGAGGUGUUACAGAUCCUUGACUUGUAUGCACGGGUCUACGAGGAGCUGAUGGCCAUCCCUGUGGUAAAGGGCAGAAAGACAGAGAAGGAGAAGUUUGCAGGGGGAGACUACACUACCACCGUGGAGGCCUUCAUCUCUGCCAGUGGCAGAGCCAUCCAGGGUGCCACAUCCCACCACCUGGGCCAAAACUUCUCCCGGAUGUUUAACAUCGAGUUCGAGGACCCCAGGAAGCCGGGCGAGAAGCAGCUAGCCUACCAGAACUCGUGGGGCAUCACCACCCGCACUAUCGGCGUGCUCACCAUGGUACAUGGGGACAACAUGGGCCUGGUGCUGCCCCCCAGAGUUGCCUGUCUCCAGGUGAUCAUCAUCCCGUGUGGCAUCACAGCCUCCCUGCCUGAGGCUGAGAAGGAGUCUCUGCUGGCCCAGUGCUCCAAGUACCUGGCCCGGCUGCAGCGGGGAGAGACCCGGGUAAAGGCCGACCUCCGAGACAAUUACUCUCCCGGCUGGAAGUUCAACCACUGGGAACUCAAGGGCGUGCCCAUUCGCCUUGAGGUGGGUCCUAAGGACCUGAAGCAGGGUCAGUGUGUGGCUGUGAGGAGAGACACCGGGGAGAAGAUCACCCUGCCCGAGGCAGACACAGAGAAGAGACUCAUACAGCUACUGGAGGACAUCCAGGCCAACCUCUUCAAGAGGGCAUCGGACGACCUGAACAAACACAUGGUGGUAGCAGACUCUAUGGAACAGUUCCAGAAAGACCUGGACCAGGGCAGGAUUGUCCAGAUCCCCUUCUGUGGAGGCAUCGAGUGUGAAGACUGGAUCAAGAAGACCACUGCCAAGGACCAGGAUCUGGAGCCCGGUGCCCCCUCCAUGGGUGCAAAGAGCCUGUGUAUCCCCUUCAAGCCCCUCAAGCCCCUGCAGCCGGGUCAGAUGUGCGUCAGCGGCAAGGAGGCCGCCCAGUAUUACACCCUGUUUGGCCGCAGCUACUAAAUACAGUCUUAAGUGGCUUCCUCUCCUCGAUCUGGGAUAUGAGAAAGAAGCGGAUAGGUGAAAGAAAAUACUUGUGAACAAAGAUUUGUUUUCACCUAUCAUGCGCUUUCGAAUCAGCAGAGAUGGAGAAGAGACGAGGAGAUGAAGUCUCUUUAGACUAUUGAGAUACACCCAGAGUCAACACCUUGUAGUGUGUUCCUUUCCUUUUGACCCUAACCUUGCAAUGGUGGCCCAACCCCUCAAGAUUGACAAGACACUCUCCAUAGUCAGCUAUUUUCUCCCACUAGCCCCAAAUGUAACAAAAAUGACUUUCUUUAUACCCAAUGACACAAUCUUUAUAUUUUUGUCCCUUUCUCACUCCCACCCUACCUUAUCUCAGGACCUUUUCCAGGUAGAAAGAUGACAUGGUACUCAGGCAAGAUGUUUCAGUAUCUCCCCACUAACUGAACUGAUAUCGUAGCUAUUUGGGGUGUACUAUAGGUGGGUGGUGAGGGUUGACCCCUGGAGGUUAUAGCCACUAGCCACAUUUGUCCCCAGUACAAACUCAUAGGAAUACUGCAACAACAUGGAAUAAGGAACUAUCACAUACAUGUAAUUACCUGUACUCUUGAGUUCAUCUAACGCAAUUCUAAAACUUUUCUACAAUAAAAGGAUUCUGAAAUUCCA